AUGAGAAAAUGGCAUUAUUCUGCGGAGCAAACGUCGGACAAUGAUAGUGGUCACUCGGAUCUUCGUGGGCAGAUGAAUCUCAUCAAUGCGUCCACGUUCAAGAGGAAACAUCGAAGCUAUCAGCUUACGUGGCAGGUUAAGGUUCCAGAAGAGGAACGAGGAGUUCAUCUUCAGCAGAAGAAUGAAAUGGCACUUCUGAAGGACGAAAAAUGCGAAAAAAAUACAGUUGUCGAUAAAUAUUGGUGUAUGGACCAAGAAAACGCUCACUCUCUCACCAGUUCUAUUCAGGACCCUGCUACGAAAAAGAUCCCGGUUUUGAUGUCGAGGAAGAAGUUCGCCUUUGCAUCGAGACAAGGCCCACAUACAAUGUUUCACUCGCACUACUGGCUGGCAAAAAUGAGGCUUGAAUAG